CAAUUCCACAAGUCAUCUACACUACACAUACACACCAUCACUAGAGCAUAACACAACAACGAAAACACACGAUGGGGUGUCGCAACGGUUCAUCCGCAUUGUCGCUUUUGAGCUUGUUACUAUUGUUUGCGAGUGCCGUUUCUUUGGCAAAUGCGAAAACUCACUACCAUGAUUUUGUUAUUCAAGAAACGAAAGUGACAAAGCUGUGCAAGACCCAGACCGUUAUGACGGUGAAUGGGCAGUUACCCGGCCCGACUUUGGAAGUGAACAAUGGUGAUAGCCUAGUGAUAAAUGUUGUCAACAGGGCUAAAGAGAAUGUUACCAUUCACUGGCAUGGUGUAAGACAAAUUACAACAGCAUGGGCUGAUGGACCUGAGUUCAUCACUCAAUGCCCAAUUAGACCAGGAGGCAGCUACACCUACAGGUUCAAAAUUUCAGGACAAGAAGGAACACUAUGGUGGCAUGCACAUAGCUCAUGGGUUAGAGCCACUGUUUACGGUGCUCUCGUUAUCCGUCCAAAAGAAGGAGAUUCGUAUCCGUUUCCUAAACCCAAACGUGAUUCAGUCGUUUUGCUCGGGGAAUGGUGGAAUGCUAAUCCACUGGAUGUGAUAAGGGAAGCCAUGAGAACUGGAGGAGCACCAAAUAUUUCUGAUGCAUAUACCAUUAAUGGUCAACCUGGUAAUCUCUAUAACUGCUCUAGCAAAGAGACUGUUAUAGUUCCGAUAGAUUCAGGCGAGACAAAUCUCAUUCGGGUGAUCAACUCGGGUUUAAACCAACAACUUUUCUUCACUAUUGCUAACCACAAACUCACAGUCGUCGGCGCUGAUGCAUCCUAUGUCAAACCCUUCACCACCAACGUCCUCAUGCUUGGACCGGGUCAAACAACCGAUGUACUCAUCAAAGCUGACCAACCACCAGCCCGAUACUACAUUGCGGCCCGUGCUUACGCCAGUGCACAAGGAGCACCGUUUGACAACACCACCACAACCGCCAUUUUGGAGUACAAAUCCGCCCCGUGCCCAGCAAAGGGUAUCUCUUCAAAGCCGGUUAUGCCUACUCUCCCGGCAUACAACGACACUGCCACUGCCACCGCCUUCACCACCAGCUUCAGAAGCCCGAAAAAGGUUGAGGUUCCAACCAACAUUGAUGAGAAUCUUUUCAUCACCGCGGGCCUUGGAAUAAACCCAUGCCCGCGAGGAGCUCCAGCUAGUUCAUGUCAAGCUCCAAACCGGACCCGAUUCACCGCCAGCAUGAACAACAUGUCUUUCGUACUCCCAUCAAACUUCUCCGUCCUACAAGCACACCACCACGGCGUUCCCGGUGUUUUCACCACUGAUUUUCCAGCAAAGCCUCCAGUGGCAUUUGAUUACACUGGUAAUGUAAGCCGGUCUCUUUGGCAACCGACCCGUGGCACUAAGGUUUACAAAUUAAAAUACGGAGCAAAGGUGCAGAUUGUGUUGCAAGGCACAAGUAUCUUCACAGCCGAAAAUCACCCCAUCCAUCUUCAUGGAUAUGAUUUCUACAUCCUUGCGGAAGGAUUUGGCAACUUUAACCCCGCAACCGACACCUCUAAAUUCAACCUGGUGGAUCCACCAUUGAGAAAUACUGCCAGUUUACCUGUUAAUGGAUGGGCAGUCAUUCGGUUUGUCGCUGAUAAUCCAGGUGCCUGGAUUAUGCACUGUCACUUGGAUGUUCAUAUCGGGUGGGGUUUGGCGACGGUGUUUUUAGUAGACAAUGGAAUCGGAGAAAUGGAGACAUUGCAGCAACCACCAGCAGACUUGCCUGUGUGUUAAUUAGUCACUUUGGACAAUGAUUCUGAAGUUUAAUGUUGUUUAACCCACAUUGAGGAUUUGGGGACUCUUAUAUUGUAUUCUUUGUUGUAUUUGGUUUUGUUUUUGUUUUUGUUUUGGUAUUUGUUUUUCUAAAGCUUGGAAGAAGAAACUUAUUGUACUUUAGAUCAAUGAUCGAACAAAUUUUCAUAACUACUUUGAUUAUAAAGCAAUGACAAGAGCAUUAUUAUUUUGGUAUUA